ACUUUAUGUACAUAACUAUUAUAUAACAUGUGACUUUCAUGUUAAAUCCACUAGAGGAAAUUUUAAGGUUAUCGAAUUUCUUUUAUUUAAAAGCUUUCUUUUUUUAUAUAAACAAUCACUUGUAUUAAUAGUCAAUAAUAUUAAGUUUUUUAAGGCCUUUGAAAAUCAUGUGUCAGUCCCACUCUGUCCUUGUUGAAGUUGCAAGAAAUUACUGAAAGUUUUGUAGCAACAUACAAGGUAAGGUGAGAGGUGAAAGAACUAUUAAAAAAGAACAAUGAAAAUAAUUCUUUGUGGCUUUCUCAUUGUUUGUUUGUCAUGUUAUAUACAAGCAUUACCAUCUGGUAGCAGACACGAAGUAAAACGGCGAAGUCUGCAAAAUAUUAUUCACUCACUUGACAUUAAAUCUUCAACAAAAUGUACAGUUUGUAAAGAUUUAGUAAAAUUCUUUCACGGAGUGGGCUCUGUUGGAAUUGGAGAGAAAGAACUCAUAAAACUUGCCACUUAUAUAUGCAAAAAAGCUAAAAUAGCAUCAGAUAGAGUUUGUGUGUCUGGGGUGAAAGAAUUUGCACAUGAAGUAUGGAGUAUAUUCAUCGAUGCUUUUGUAGAGCCAGAUAAAAUAUGUGGGUGGAUUUUAGGUGACAGUUGCAUGCAUUAUCAUGAUUUUUUUUCAUCGUGGAAUAUCACAAUACCCGAGCGAUCAUCAGUUCCUAUUCAUAAUCCUUGGACAGGAAUGAUUGAGAACACAGCUCCAAUGAAGUUUUUGCAACUAUCAGAUAUCCAUUUGGAUAAUGAUUACAUGGAAGGCAGCAAAGCUGUUUGUAAGGAGCCACUCUGUUGUCGUAAAGAAGACGGAGAAGCUGGUAAAAAUGAAACAUCAGCCCCCAAAUGGGGAUACCCUGGUUACUGUGAUUCCAACAUCAACAUGGUGAACAAUUUGUUUGAGCUGCUUGUAAAAAAUCAUAGUGAUGUUGAUUACAUUAUUUGGACUGGCGAUGUUCCUGCUCACAAUGUUUGGAAUCAAACACGGGAAGAACAGGCUGCAGCCAUUAAACAAGCCACAAAGUUAUUUAAAAAAUACUUCCCAGACAAAGUUGUUUAUCCUGCUCUGGGCAACCACGAAGGAGUGCCUGUUAACAGCUUUCCACCACCCUUUAUUACUGGACAUGAUUCUGGGCAAUGGCUACUUGACGUAUUAGCCGAAGAUUGGCUGACAUGGCUACCAGCAGACACAAAAGAAACUAUUGAGAAGGGCGGUUAUUACACUGUAUUGGUAAAGAAAGGAUUUCGAAUUGUGUCGCUAAACAUGAACUAUGGAAACACUGGUAACUGGUGGUUGUGGAUCAACAGUACAGAUCCAGCUGGACAGUUGAAAUGGCUUGUAUCUGUGUUGUUGAAAGCAGAAGCGGCAGGCGAAAAGGUUCACAUCAUUGGUCACAUUCCACCUGAUGCUACAUUGAAGUGGUUUAGUUUCAACUACUUCAAGAUCGUUAACCGCUUCUUCGAUACAAUUACUGCGCAGUUCUUUGGUCAUACUCACCAUGAUGAAUUUCGUGUGUUUUACGACGCCAAAACAUAUAAAACACCGACCAGCAUUGCAUAUAUUGGUCCAAGUGUGACCACAUAUCACUAUCUCAACCCUGGGUACCGCCUCUACGAUGUUGAUGGGGGGACUGCCAAUAGUACUUGGACUGUCAUAGACCAUCACACGUAUAUACUCGACUUAAAGAAGAUUCGUGAUGUACCUGUGUGGGAGCUUGAGUAUAGUGCUAAGGCAGCUUAUGGUUUAAAAUCACUAACACCAGCUGAUUGGAGUGGUCUCAUUUACAAGAUGUUGAAAGACGAUGAACUCUUUCAAAUACUUUACAGGGCGUUUACCAAACAGUUUGUUCGUGAUACUUGCACCGGGGCCUGCAAAAAAAACUACUUGUGCUCGAUGAACUCUGCUUUGGCCGGCGACUUUCAUAAUUUUUGUGAGUUUAGCUCGCCGAAGGAGCGCCACAUGUACUGGAUAUGGCGCGCGGAAAUGUACAGCAAAUGCUAAGAUUUCAAUUUAUAAGCGAAUAAUUAAUUUAGAAAUAUUACUUAACACAUAAACCUUUUUGUAAUGUGUCCUGGAUUGAAAAACUGGUUAGGUGAAGGAGGAUUUAUGUAACCCUAUUUACAGGUAAUUUUGUGUAUGAAAAAUACAACGUGCAUGAUAUUUUCCUCUUCAAGGUUUUCACAGUGUAUAAUUUGUUUUUACACUCUGAUCUUAAGUGUGCUCUUUCUUCGCUGAAUCAGAAAGGUUCAUGUCAUCAAUGGGUUUUUUAUUGUUGCUAAUAUUCUUUUUUGUUUCGUUCAGUUAAAUUCUUUUAAUUUUCACUUUAAUAAUAUAAUAAUUGAUAAUUAUUGAAUAUGUGGAUAUUAUAUAUUCCCGUUUUUUUAAUAUUAUUUCGCACUGGUACAAGACACCCCAGAGUGCUAAUUAAUAAGAAGAGGUUUAUUCAUUAUAAUCUAAACCGUCGGACUAGAGGAGUUUUCCUAAGCGAACAUCUCCAUCGUUUUGAUUAGAAAACUAAAGGGAAGCAUUUCAUGAGCCUUACUCUACACUCUGUUUGUAUGUGACUGAUAAUGAGUACGUUGCAACUUAGUGCCCAGACUUGACGAUUUUUUACGUAUCGUAAGAAUAUAUACUGUAAUUAUGCUAGAUGUUUUGAAUGUUGGACUUUUUUUUUAUUUUGUUUAACGGACAUAUUUUUUACAUCAAAUUUAUUUAAAAAAAACUGUUCAAAAUUUACAAAGAGAAAGCGAAGGAAUAAAAAAACAAUAUUUUUCUUUUUAAAUUUUAAUAAAAAAAGGAAUUUUUUUGCUUUGAAUUAACUGGUUUACAAAUAAUUUUACCCAGACCUCUUAAUUUGUUCGUUCAUGUACGUGACGUUUUACCCUUUUGAAGACCGCACCCAAAAUUUCGAAUAUAAUAAUGAUAGUUUUUUUUCGUUAUGCACGUGUUUAACCCUUAUAAUGAUAAUUGUGUUAGAAUUUUAAAAACGAUAUUGUAAAGAUUAAAAUUUUAUCUAUUUUGUUUUUUGUUUUUAUAGUAUAAGUUUUAUAUGGUACCGUAACGUAACUACAAUAUUUGUAUGUUAAUAAAAAUGCAACAUAUCAUAAACAGGAAGUUUGACCAUGCAUAAA